AUGGUGUUCAUCUGGGGAGGAGCCCCGAGAUCCCCGCGUCUGCUGCUCCCCUGGCUGCUCCUCCCCGCGCUCUGGGCGGCCGGGCGCGGGCAGCUGCGCUACGCGGUCCCCGAGGAGGCCCAGCACGGCACGUUCGUGGGCCGCCUCGCGCAGGACCUGGGGCUGGAGCUGGCGGAGCUGGUGCCGCGCCUGUUCCGGGUGGCGUCCAAGGAGCGCGGGGAGCUGCUGGAGGUGAACGUGCAGAACGGCAUUUUGUUUGUGAACGCGCGGGUGGACCGGGAGGAGCUGUGCGGGCGGAGCGCGGAGUGCAGCCUCCACCUGGAGGUGAUCGUGGACAGGCCGCUGCGGGUGUUCCACGUAGAGGUGGAGGUGGAGGACAUCAACGACAACCCGCCCAUCUUCGCAGAAACAGAACAAAAGGUACUCAUUUCGGAGUCUGCGCCUCUGGACAGUCAGUUUCCUCUAGAGGGAGCUUCGGAUGCGGAUGUGGGCAUUAACUCUCGUCUGAACUAUGUGUUGAGUCUCAAUGAGUAUUUUACACUGAAACUAGUAAAAAAGGACAAAAGUGUAUUGCCUGUAUUACUUCUUCGUAAGUUAUUGGACAGAGAAGAAACCCAAGAACUGAGUUUAUUGCUGAUGGUUAUUGAUGGAGGUAAACCAGAGUUAACUGGAUCUGCUCAGAUUCAGGUAAGCAUCUUGGAUGUAAAUGACAACGCACCUGAGUUUGGGAAGCCUAGUUAUAAAGUUGUGCUGUUUGAAAAUGUCCCAAACGACACCAGAGUGAUUCAGGUAAACGCAUCCGAUCCGGAUGAAGGCUUGAAUGGAGAAAUUUCCUACGGAAUCAGAAAGAUUCUGCCAAGGAGUGAAAACUGUCAAUUCUCAAUAAAUGCGGACACCAGUGAGAUUAGAGUUUAUGGGAAGCUGGAUUUCGAAGAGAAUAAUGCUUAUGAAAUUCAAGUUACUGCCAUGGAUAAAGGAAUUCCUUCCAUGGUCGGGCACAGCAUGGUUCUGGUGGAAGUUCUGGACCUGAAUGACAACGUACCGGAGAUAACCAUGACUUCCAUGUCCCUGCCUGUGCCAGAGGAUGCGCCCGUGGGCACCGUGAUCGCCCUGGUGAGCGUGUCCGACCGCGACGCCGGGGCCAACGGGCAGGUGAGCUGCUCGCUGCCGCCACACCUGCCCUUCAAGCUGGCGUCCACCUUCAGGAACUACUACUCCCUGGUGCUGGACAGCGCCCUGGACCGCGAGGCCACCGCGGGCUACCAGGUGGUGGUGACGGCGCGGGACGGGGGCUCGCCCCCGCGGUGGGCCACGGCCAGCGUGUGGGUGGAGGUGGCCGACGUGAACGACAACGCGCCCGUGUUCGCGCAGGCCGAGUACACGGUGUCGGUGCGCGAGAACAACGCGCCCGGCGCGCACAUCUGCACGGUGAGCGCGCGGGACGCGGACGCGCAGGAGAACGCGCGCGUGUCCUACGCGCUGGUGGAGCGGCGCGUGGGCGAGCGCGCGCUGUCGAGCCUCGUGUCGGUGCACGCGCAGAGCGGCCGCGUGCACGCGCUGCAGCCGCUGGACCACGAGGAGCUGGCGCUGCUGCAGUUCCAGGUGAGCGCGCGCGACGCCGGCGCGCCUGCGCGGGGCAGCAACGCCAGCCUGCAGCUGUUCGUGCUGGACGAGAACGACAACGCGCCGGCGCUGCUGGGGCCGGCCGGGGGCGGGGCGCGGAGCCACGCGCUGGCGCGCUCGGCGGGCGCGGGCCACGUGCUGACCAAGGUGCGCGCGCUGGACGCGGACUCGGGCUACAACGCGUGGCUGGCGUACGAGCUGCAGCCGGCGGCGGCCGGGGCGCGCAGCCCGUUCCGCGUGGGGCUGUACACGGGCGAGAUCAGCACCACGCGCGCCCUGGACGAGGCGGACGCGCCGAGGCAGCGCCUGGUGGUGCUGGUGCGGGACCACGGCGAGCCCGCGCUCACGGCCACGGCCACGCUGCUGGUGUCGCUGGUGGACGGCGCUCCGUCGCCCAAGCUGUCUGCGCGCGCGUCGGCGGGCCGCGUGGGCGCGGAGGCGUCGCCGCUGGACGUGAACGCGUCGCUGAUGGUGGCCAUCUGCGCGGUGUCCGGCCUGCUGGUGCUGACGCUGCUGCUGUGGGGGGCGCUGCGGUGCUGCGGGGCGGCGCGGAGCGAGGGCGCGUGCGCGCCGGGGAAGCCGGUGCUGGUGUGCUCCAGCGCGGUGGGGAGCUGGUCCUCGUGCCGGCAGAGGAGGCCCGGGCUGUGCUCCGCCGAGGGCCCGCCCAAGGCCGACCUCAUGGCCUUCAGCCCCAGCCUUCCUCAGCCUCGAGAGGAUGAACUAAAUCAUCACAGCGAAGUGAGUAAUUGA